GGUAGGUUAAGUGAGAGCACGAGAGAGAAAAUGCUAAAUAUUAUUUGUAUGACCCACCUCUUCUCUCUUCCUUUUGUAUAUUGCCCUUAAUGGUUUGGGUCGAGGUCGAUGACCCUCCUCUCCCAAAACAUCUAUAUAGUAAGUAGUACAUGCGUAUCAGUUUUACACACUCGGCUUUCGAAUUCAACCAAACACUUUCUCUCUCUUAUCUCUUGCUCUUUUUCUCUAUUUUUACAUCCGCAUAGGACCUCCCCACCACUAUUCGUGUGUUUUUGUGUCUCAGUAUUGUCUGUUCAUCUUUUAGAGAGAGAUGGAAUGUAAGAGUUUCUACCAUGUAUUUUGCUGUGUGGAUUCUUUUUUUGUGGGGAUUUUUUUUUGUAGUUAUAUGAAUGUGAGAGUGUGGUAGAGAGAUAAAAAGGAAGACGUACUUGGAUUGAGGGAUUAAAACGAAUAUAAGCCAUGAUUUUAUAUGGGCUAGUGUGAGAGAGAGAGAGUGUCCUGAUUUUGAGAUUUUAGAGAGAGAAAGAGAGAGCUUCGAUUUGGGGGCAUUGGCAUUUAAAAGUGAAUGGAUAUGGAGAUUAGGAUAAGGCCCUUUGAAAAGCUUAAAGACUCAGGCAUGGUGGAAACCCUAGAGAGAAGUUGUGAAGUAGGGCCAAGCACUACUCUCUUCACAGACAUGAUGGGCGACCCCAUCUCUCGAGUCCGCAACUGCCCACAUUACACCAUGCUGGUGGCUGAACUGCAAGGUCUGAUAGUCGGAGUAAUACGGGGCUCGAUCAAGACGGUGCUCUGCACCGGCGGCGGUGGCCGAGGCCCGGUGCAGGCCAAGGUGGGCUAUGUGCUUGGCCUUCGCGUGUCGCGGAUGCAUCGUCGUCGAGGCAUUGGUCUGCGCCUGGUUCAGUGUCUGGAAGAGUGGUUGGUUGAAAAUGGAGCGGAAUACGCAUACAUGGCCACUGAUAAAGAUAAUGUUGCCUCUGUGAAGCUAUUUACUGAACGUUGUGGCUACGCCAAGUUCCGCACCCCGACCGUUCUCGUGAACCCGGUGUGUCCGUACCCGAAGCGCAUCCCUUCAUGGGUCCGGGUUCAGAAGCUGAGGCCCGAUCAAGCGGAGACACUUUACAGACAAUACAUGGGUUCUCAGAGCGAAUUCUUUCCCGACGACAUAGACAGAGUGUUGCGCAAUGAACUGAGUCUCGGCACCUGGAUCGCCUACUUGAGGGACGAGACAUGGCACGGUGUGCUCACCGGAGAGUCGCCACCGAGCUCGUGGGCGGUGGUGAGCGUAUGGAACAGUGCCGGGAUGUUCAAACUGCGGGUCGGGAAUGCGCCCACUGGCUACGCACUGUGUGCACGAGGCUCUGCCAUCCUGGCGCGGGCCCUCUCCUUCCUGCGCCUGCCAUUCUUCCCCGAUGUCUUCCGAUGGUUCGGGUUCCUCUUCAUGUACGGCCUGUACAUGCAGGGACCGAGCGGCGGGGACCUCACGCGUGCCCUUUGCCACUGGGUUCACAAUUUCACCGCCAAGCGCAAGGACUGCCGGGUCGUCGUUACCGAGCUCGGCGCCCUCGACUCGUUGAGAUCCCAUGUCCCGCACAAGAAGAGCCUCUCCUGCCAGGACCUGUGGUGCGUCAAGCCCUUGCGCGCUGGUGGGCUCGACUGGGCUCGGACCCACCCACCCCGAACCCUUUUCGUUGAUCCAAGAGAGGUCUAGUCCGAGUCCACGACUGGGGCCGUUGAGGGAAAAAUCAUAGUCCACUAACGGUCCAAUCAAUGAACAACCGCGAUGUAGAAAGUAUAGUCAAUGAGUCCUGACCAUACAAUCAAUUAAUGGACGGUGAUGGUUAGACAGAAAAGCCACCGGCUUUCCCGAAUUGGGUGCCGACCCAGAGUUAGAGAGAGAGGAAAAGAGGCCGCGUACUAGGCCCGUGGUGGUCCAUUGCACGGCCAACCCGUGAUUAAAUUACGAGGAAGAAGGUGAAGGUUGUUGUGGCCUUUCUUAAAUGCAAGUCCCUUUUGAGGGAGGUUCACGUGCAAUUUUUUUUUUUUU